AUGGCCUCUACUUCAAAACCCAGUUCACAACCCCCAGCGACAGGCGUCAUUGUCCCUAAAAUGGAGCAUCCUCCCCAGACUACAAACCCCGCCGAAGUCCCUGAGAAGGACAAUUCGAGCGGUGAAGCCUGGACCUCAGAGAUGCAGUAUGUGUCGUCACUGGCGAAGUUGCAGAAGAUGGAGGCGACGAUUCACCAACUACGGACUCUACUCUCUGGGCGUCUCAUAGAGCCAAUAGUCCCCAUCGUCAACCCCAAGGCGGCUUCGAGGAGGCCACUGCCAAAAUCGCCGCGUGUGCUCUUUGAACAGCUCUCGCAGACGGCACGCGCGAGCGUCGCGGAGGUCCAGGAGUUCCAGGCUAUGUGGCGCAGCCCUGAGAUGAAAGCUAUCUGGGACCAUGUGGAUGCGCGGAUCAAGCAGAACGGGGGCCAGCUGCUCCAGCCGACGGGGAUGUGGGAGCGGGACUACGAUGUUCUUCUUGAGGAGCUUGAGAGGGAGGAGCGGGCGCAGAAGGAGCAGCAGCAGAGGGUUGAGGAGGAGGAGGAACGCGCGAAGAUUGAAGGGGUUGAGGGCGGCUGGAGGACGAUCGUGGAGACGUUCAUUCGACGAGAUUUACCGGGUAUUCGGGUGAUGGCUCUUCAGGACCAGCCCAGGAUCACUGUUGUUUCUGUCAAGGCUGGCAUGGCGUUUCAACUGCAGGCUGUCAAUGGAGAUGGACAUGAUAUGGUCGAUUGGCGGGUUCAGGAACUGGCGACUCCUGGGAAACCGAAGACAAAGCUGGAAACGGCGGUUGCAGCUUGUCUGAAUGCUCGUCCGCGGCAGUGGGAUCUUGCCUAUCUACUGGACAUGAUAGCCUCCUACUCCGACAUCAAACAGACGCCGUGCGCGAAAUGCGGCAAAAUGACCGACAACGCCGCACAACUGCCCUCCAUGCGCAGACCCAACCCCCUCCAAUCGUCCCAAGGCCAACCAGUCGUCUGGGAAGCAUACCACCCCGCCUGCAUCGAUCCUUCCCCGUCCUCCCGCCCUAUCUCCAGCUAA